AUGACAGAUGGGGGCUGUGAGAAGCUGGUCCGAGACGCACACAGGGUGGAGUCCAAGUUUGUCCCUGGGUGGCCGCCGGUCCUGGCCUCAAAAGCUGCCCCUGGGAGGUGGGUGAGGGGAGGGAGUGGCUUGGUUUGGGCGAAGGAGGGGAGGAGGUCAGGUCGGAAAUGCCCCGUUGGAGGUGCCUGCGAGGCCGCGGCUGGGAGCCAGGCUGGUGGUGGGGCCCGGGCUCCCGUGGGCUCCUGCAGCCUGGUCCUCCCAGCGCCCUCCUGGCCCUCAGCACAGAGGAGGAAGCUCCCCGCGGCCACCGCCACCAGCAGAGCAGGCCCCAGAGGAAGUGCGCAGGGCCCCUGCCGCCCCCGCAGGGCCCCGGCCACCCACCCGCCCAGGAAGCGGAACCUGCCUCUCCCAGCAGCAGAGGACCCUCGGGGAGGCCUGAUCUCCCGUGUACAGGAGGCGCCAGGAGCAAAGAAGAAAUACCUGCCCCCCAGUUCCCGGAAGGACCCCAAGUUUGAAGAACUGCAAAAGGUGCUGGUGGAGUGGAUCAACGCCGCCCUCCUCCCCGAGCACGUGGUGGUGCGCAGCCUGGAAGAGGACAUGUUCGACGGGCUCAUCCUGCACCACCUGCUCCAGAAGCUGGCGGGACUCAGGCUGCAGGUGGAGGAGAUCGCCCUGACCGCCGCGAGUCAGAGGCGCAAGCUGGAGGUCGUCCUGGGGGCCGUGAACCGGGCUCUGCAGGUGGAGGAGCCGCAGGCCAAGUGGAGCGUGGAGGCCAUCUUCAACAAGGACCUGGUGGCCACCUUGCACCUGCUCGUGGCCCUGGCCAAGCACUUCCAACCCAGCGUGCCCCUCCCAAGCAAUGUCCAGGUGGAGGUGGUCACCAUCGAGGUAACUGGCCCUGCCCCAGGUGUUCGGACACAGGGUGGAGCACCUUGAUGCUCUCGGCACCCUGAGCUGCGUGCUGCCUGCGGCGGGGUGGGCUGGGCUGGGUUCCAGGGUGUUGUGAGAAAUAUCACAUCUCACGGGACAGCAGGCAGGUGCCAGCUGCAGAGGCCGGGCUGGGCAGGAGGAGGGCCCUGGGCUGGCCAGUCUGGUCCAUCUUAGCAGAUGGUCCUGCCCAGAGGCUGAGGCCAGCAGCUGUCUGGAAGAUCCAGCUGAUGGCCACUCACAGCACAUGGGACAUUGGCGCCGUCACAUCUCGGAGGCAGGGUGCUGCCCUGGGUGACGCCUCUCAUGGGCCAGUCCUGGCCGUGCCCACGCCCCGCUCUCCUUGGGGAAGGUCUCCUCUCGUCACCCACUCCAGCUGGGCCAGGGUGCCUUCCAGGUGUCCGUGGCUUCUCUCCCCAGCAGGCUCUGAGCACCCCCAUGAUUCCUGCCCCCACCCCGGGGCCCCAGGGUGAGCAAGGCCUGCCUUUGUGGCCCCGGAACAGAUGACCCAGUUG